CAGGUUUUUAAUUAUCUUGAGGCACAGAAAGAUUUUUAUAACUUUACUCUUGUAAACUCCCAAUGGAACAUUGCUUCUUCACCGUGCUUAUACCGGGCACCAAAACCAUCAACACCAAAGGCCCUUGAAAAAUGCAAACAAACACUCGAAAAGGCUAAAGAAAAAAAAACAUUUCUUGCAUAUAAUGAAAUGGUACGAGAAUGGAUUAUAGAAUUAGCAAUCCGUGACGCGAAAAUAGAUUCCUCGAUAGCCGAUUGGUGUCCAAAUAUUGAAAAGUUUUCAUGCAGUAGCGAAAUUAAGAACGCAAAUGAGUAUCCUACGCUGGCCAUUGAUCUGAUUAGACAUUGGAAAGGUUUAAAAUCAAUAUCAUUAUAUCAUAACAGUGGAAAUGAUACAACUUUGGAAUCGAUAUCGACAAAUUGUGCAGCACUAGAAGAAUUAAUUCUUGUGAAUUGUAAAACGACAGAUUUGGGAUUUGGUGAAGUCGUAAAGGCUUGUAAAUUAAUCAAAAAGAUUCGGUUAGUCCAGUGUACAGAGAUUACGGAUGAAAGUUUAGUUGCAUUAUCUAAAUCGUGUAGACAUUUAACUCAUUUGGAUUUAAAAGAUUGUACAAAUUUUACUGACAAAGGAAUUUAUGCGCUUUCUAAUCCUACUACUACUCGAAAACUUCGAAUGUUGUUCUUAGAAGGUUUAAAUAUCAAAGAUUCUCUUUUAGCAUUAGCCGAGCACACAACGGUUCUUCAAGGACUUUCUUUAAAGAAAUUGGAAAACUUAAAUGAUGAAAUUAUCUCAAUUUUUGGAAGAAAUUCGUCAAAAACUCUUAAAAGGCUUCGCAUAUAUUCUUGUAGAAAGGUGAAGGGAUGGGGUAUUAAAGAAUUUGUUGGUAUUGAAGACUUGUCAUUAUUGAUGGACUACAUUAAUUUUGAAGAACUUGAAGAAAUUUGCGAGUGUUGUAGUGCUAUUGAGAAUUUUACUUUGGAUGUUAGGAGGAUCAUAGAAACCCAUCAUAAUUUGGAUAUUGUGGGUGCGAUUUCACAAUUAAAAAAUCUUAAAUCAUUAGCUAUCUUUUGUGGAAGAAAUUUUUCAGAUGAUAACCGUCGUCUUCUUGAAAGAAGUUGUUCAAAAUUGAGAAAAAUUAAUUUUUGA